GCCUUCCGACUCGCCGGCUCAGGAGGAACGGCUCCGGCCCUGCCUUUCUCCUCCUCCUCCUCCUCCUCCUCUUCUUCCAGUUCUCUAGGCUGCGGGGACCCUCCCGGUACCGACGCCGAGCUGUGCUUUCUACACGGCGAGAAACAACUUGAAGCAGCUUCAUCCUGACCUAUUCAGUGGAUACUGUUGAUGCUGAAGUUCACAAAUAUAGUUCCAGUCUACCUUCUUCUACCUAUACGAUUCUUCAGCCCAAUGUGUUGUCCAUCUGCAAUGUCUGUUCCAGGUAUAUGAACUGGUGUACCGAUUCAAUUGCCUGGCCAUCCAACAGCAUAUCACAUUCUCAACAACAAUAGGCAUCUUUUAUCCUUUUUUCCCCCUGUAUGGAAGUUCUAUAAUGUUCUGGGGCUUGACAUAAUCAAUACAGUAUUAUCCACAAACAGGAGCAUCAGGGGACCUCAUUGUCUGUAGGUUAUCAAUCCCACUUUUACUCUGUAUAGGACAUCUUCCAUGACACUGACAUGUACCUUUGGUGAACAUUCCUCUUGUGUUUUAUGCUUUGUUUGAUGUUAGUAACUGAAGUGUUACCAACAGUAUCUCUGGUUGCAUUCAUCAAGAAAUAUUGUAUUAUCUUAACAUACUUACAAGAGACUCCUCAUUGGAAAAGAGCUCUUAAGUGGUGUUGUUCUAAUCUGUGAAGUUAAAGGCUUCUUUAUUGUUAAAAGACACUAAAUACAGUGGAACCUUGUUUUCUCUGUACCUUUCAGGAAAUUGGGUAAAGAUGUAUGGUAUGCUGUAGGAAAUUUUUUAUGAAUGCUGACAGGUUCAUAGUUUUAAGGGUUCCCAUGAUACAUGUGUAGAUCAUUCCCGCAAGGACCUUAUAGCAGUAGUGUGUGCUUCUCCCUCUUUCAGUUCAUCUCACUUUGUCCUUCCUCGUGACUUGAACUGGAUUUUUGUUCAGCAUUGAAGGACCCAAGGGGCCAGGUAUACACUGGGGGGGGAGGGGGGGUGUAGCCAUGGAGUCUAGACAGAGGGAGAGCAGCACAGAGGGUGAAGAAAGAAGGAAAGAGGGACACCUAGCCUCAGAAGCCAAAGUCCAUUUCAGAGUGACACGGUUCAUCAUGGAAGCUGGUAUCAAGCUAGGGAUGCAAUCCAUUCCAAUUGCCACAGCCUGUACCAUUUACCAUAAAUUUUUCCGAGAGACCAAAUUAGAUGCAUAUGACCCUUACCUCAUAGCCAUGUCAGCCAUUUACUUGGCAGGUAAAGUAGAGGAGCAACACCUCAGGACAAGAGACAUCAUCAAUGUCUCUCACAGGUAUUUAAACCCUAAGAGUGAACCUUUGGAAUUGGACUCUUGGUUCUGGGAACUGAGGGACAGCAUUGUUCAGUGUGAAUUACUCAUGUUGAGAGUUUUGCAUUUCCGGGUCUCCUUCCAGCAUCCCCACAAAUAUCUGCUCCACUACCUUAUUUCUUUAAAGAAUUGGAUGAACCGUCAUAGCUGGGAGAGGACUCCCAUUUCCCUGGCAGCCUGGGCACUGCUGCGGGACAGCUAUCAUGGAGCAUUGUGCCUUCAGUAUCCGGCCCAGCACAUAGCUGUAGCAGUGCUCUAUCUUGCCUUGCAGUGCUACGGAGUGGAGGUGCCUGCUGAUUCUGAGGCAGAAAAACCAUGGUGGCAGGUUUUUAGUGAAGACCUUACCAAGCCAGUCAUUGACAAUAUUGUGUCUGACCUGAUUCAGAUUUACACAGUGGACACUGAAAUCCCUUAAUUGCUGUAAGGUCAUCCAAGGAGAAGGGGACGUUUGCUUUGUCUGAGGGCUGGAUCUGACCCACUAAAAUGGGUGCCAGCUUCAAAACAUUAAUUUCAAGAUUGGUCACAGGGAGCAGCUUUGCAUUAGCAAAGGGGGAAGAACUAAACUUGGGUUCCUUUCUGGUUUCUCUUUGGUAUUUAUAUGGUGGCACAACGAAUGGGUGAUAAUAGGCAAUCCCCCUGAGCAGGUUUGAAGCUCAUUGUGUUUGGAUACAAAUAAGACCAUGUUUGGGACAGCUAGGUGGCGCAGUAGAUAAAGCAUCAGCCCUGGAUUCAGGGGACCUGAAUUUAAAUCCAGCUUCAGACACUUGACACUAGCUGUGUGACCCUGGGCGAGUCACUUAACCCUCAUUGCCCCACAAAAAAAAGAAGAAAAAGUCCAUGUUGAAUGUACUGUGUUUGAUUGCCUUUUGCACCUUAGGAAUUUUUUGAAGAUGAACUUUUUGAAUUUGGUGCAGACUGCAUUUAGGCAUCUCUUCAUUAAAACAAAAGCCAAAACAGAAUACUUGAUUGUACUCUUUGGGAUAGCUUUGCAAGCCAUACAUAUGCUUAACCUUCUAACAUAAGUGAACAGUAUUUUAUUUUACAUGAUUAAAUCCAAACAAAAUUUUUUUUUUUUUGUAAAGCUGUGAAAAUAGGCAAUAAGAGCUUUCAAUGUUCUGUGGACCACAUUGGAGAUAGUGGCUAAUAUUAGCCUUAAUUUUUUUUUCCAUUUUGUUUUAUCUUCCUCUCCCUAAAAUACAUUCUAAAAUAUGAUCAUCUUUUCAACACAAAUGUUCUUCCAGGAAUCUUACAUGUUCAAAGUUUUGGAAUGUCUUGAUCUCUAAAGAAUCAAAGUUUUCCAGUAAACUCCGAGGCAAAUGAGAGCUAGGUAAUGGGCAAAAGUAUGCCUAUUUCCACCAAUGACCUGUGUGCAAGAAAUAGUGUUAAAAAGGAAAACUAUGAUGAAGCAGUCAUUUAGCAAGCAUUGGGGAGUAACAGAAAGAGCAUAAAUGAUGAACUGGUGCCCAAAAAAUAUAAAUGCUGAGAAAGGCCUAUAGCACACUAGGUAGCUAUGUGAAGAAUCUCUGAGAGACCAGGAAAAAGAAUCAUAUAGGAAGAAACAAUAGAGAUGGGUUCUAUCAACACCAAUAGAGGGAGUGCCCUCUCAGAUGAGAUCAUGGAUUGACAAAUGUUGGAAGAAUAACAAAACACUUUUAUAGUUAAGGAGCCAGGGCCACAUUGCCAACAGUUGGCCAAAAGAAACAGCUCCGCUUGAGAUUUUCACUUAUGUCAUUUCCAAAACAAAUUUGUUUAUAUAUUAAG